UAAAUGGUGGCUCCAUAUUGGUGGGCUAUAUGCAUUUGCAAUAUUUCAUAUCCAUAUUGCACGAAUUCAGCAUGUGCUCAAUUAAUUGGAUAGUAAGGCACACUUCUAGCGCACUGGAACGCACCAUACGUUCUUCCACGAAGUACGUAACAUUUCGCUGAAAAACAACGUUUUCAACACGGGUUCCUAAAUGACUGUGGUGGCAGCCAGCAUCACAUAGAAGAUGAACAAGGGUGAUUGGGAAAACAGAUUGAAGAAGGUGGAAGAACUAGCUCAGUCCUUCCAGCAGUGUCCUUUGACCUCAUGCUACAAACCUAGGCUGUCCCGGCCAUGGCAGCCAUCCUCCAUAUGGAAGCUCUUCCCUCGUCAAUGUAUGGCUAUCAACUUUGCACAGAGUUGCAGAGAGGACGUACACGUGUUUGCACUUGAGAAGGAACAGGCAAAGAUGGGUCAGAGGAUCUUCCUGGUCACCAGUUACAGUGAGCUAUGGCAUUACUACAGUACCUACAGGCAAUCUCUGAUGCAUUGCUAUGAGGUGAUCCCAGAGGGGGCUGUUUGCAAGCUAUAUUUUGACUUGGAGUUCCACAGGCCCUCCAAUAAGGGCUUUGAUGGGAAGUGCAUGGUGGCCUCCCUCAUCCAGUAUGUGUGUGAGAAGCUGGAGGAGGUGUAUGGGAUUGAGUGCUCUGGGAAAGAUGUUCUGAACCUUGACUCCAGCACAGAGGAAAAAUUCAGUCGCCAUCUCAUCUUCAUUUUACCAAAUGCAGCUUUUAAGGAUAACCUACAUGUCGGGCAAUUUAUCCAUUUGAUUCUGCAACCAGUGCUGAGCGUGAAUAGGAGGGGAAGUGAACUUGAGAAUGACAUGGGUGGAGUCACAGAGGACAGUGGAAAAAGUGGGCUGAUUGGAAGUCAACAGGCCAAGAGGCCCAGACAGGAAGAGAGGGACCUCAGCUUCCUGUUGGUGAAAAACAAGGACGGACAGGAUGGGCUUUUUGUUGACCUCGGUGUGUACACCAAGAACAGAAACUUCCGUCUCUACAAGUCAUCUAAGGUGGGGAAGAAUGUAGCCUUCACUGUCGCAGAGGACAACAAGUUCAUCACCAAGCCUAAAAGGAAUGUCUCUGCAGAGGAGAGCUUGUUCCAGUCCUCCUUAAUCAGCAACGUAAGUUUCACCGGUCAGAUGAUUCUGACAUGGGACCUCCAUGACGAGAGGGACGGGAUAUGCCCCAAGCCUCAUGCUCAGCAGGGUUCGACUUCACACUGUGUUUCAGACUCUUUGGGAGGCUACCAGUCUUCUCCCCACAAAGAAGUGGACAACUUUGUUCUUUCUGUGGUGAAAAAGGAUGGCAUCCAAGGAAGCAUACGACGGUGGAAUUACUUUGUUUCAGAGCAGUUACUUGUCUACGACAUCCUAAAGUACCGCUGGUGUCAGAAUGUUCACCGGUGCCACAAAAGCAACAACAUCAUGAUUCUGGUGGAUCUUAAACAGGAGGUCUGGUACCAGAAGUGUCAUGACCCUGCUUGCAAGAGCUUCAGAUCUUCUAGUUACCCAUUACCACAGGACAUCUGCAUCAGCUACCUCAUAACAAUGGAUGAGGAGGACCAGGCAUAUCUGAUGGAUGACGUGGGGAACAUCGAGCUCAGCCAGACACUCCCAGUGGAGAAGUACCUGGGGGGCUCGGCAGCAACACUUCCCCAGGGAGAAGACCGCGAUCCCUGGGGGGAUGACCAGGCUUACCUGGAGGCCCUGGAGGAUGUUGAGAGAAGCACAGGCGAUUUGGCAGAGGAUGAUGUCCCAGAUGAGCUUCUGCUCCAAACCAUGACCGAGUUUGAGUCCCUCAAAGAUUUGUGCUUGUCAGCCACUAAGUGCUAAGUACAUUUUCCUUCAAUUCUGUUCAUGGAGAGACAGGGUGACCAGGCUUUUGCUCCAGCUCAGGGGGAACCCACCCCAUUCAACUAUUCAAGGGCUUGAUGGUGUGUUGAGGUGCUGGGCUGGAACAAAAGCCUGCCAGCCUGUGAGUCUACAGGAGCAGAAUGGAAGAAGACUGCAUUAGAGGGAGGUUAUACUUGCCCAACAGUUCAUUUCUCAUUUGUAAUACAGGCUCCUGAGUGACGCAGUGGUCUAAGGCACUACAUCUUCGUGCUAAAGGAGUCACUACAGACCCUGGUUCGAUUCCAGGCUGCAUCACAACCGGCCGCACAAUUUGCCCAUUGUUGUCCGGGUUAGGGUUUGUCAGGGGUAGGCAGUCAUUGUAAAUAAGAAUUUGUUCUUAACUGACUUGCCUGGUUAAAUAAAGGCUAAAUAAAAACAUUGAAAUUCAGUACAAUCCUCAAUUUCAAUUACUGGCUGUUAAUGCACUUUAUAAAAUUGGGUUUUUCCCAAUUACCUAGGCCUAUAGCAGGGGUCUCCAACAGGUCAUAAACAAAUCUCACCAGUAUCAGACACUGCAAGCUCUCAGCUACUAUCUAGUCAAUGCCGCAUUGACAUUAUCAAACCCCUGGUCAGCCACUAUUGGAUUAAAAACCCAAAAACGAACUGCCAUAUUAAUUUGCAUUUGUCUAUCACUCUGUGUAGCCAGAAAUACUUUCCCAAAACCUUUAUUUGCAAACUUUGCCAUGAAAUGAGCAGCAGCAGUACACAUUCCACAUAGAUAUGCAAUUAAAGGUUAAUUGAAAUUCAGUACAAUCCUCAAUUUCAAUUACAUGGAUUUUUUUUUCUUCCUCCAGAUUCAAGCAUUGUUAUGGACUCAGAAUUAUGUUUCUAUAUGAACAAUUGUAUUUGAGAGCUAAAAUGCAACAAAAUCCAAAAACAUUUUUAAAAAUUUAAGUAGCUCUCAUGGUAGAAAAUGUUGGACGCGUUAUAGUGUGACAAUUACCACAAAUGUCUGGGAAUAUGCCAUUAAAAAGAGCAUCGUCAGCUGUGUAGUGAGCUGCACAAUAACGCACCUUGCAUUGAAUGUCGGCCCUACUGGUUCUGAUAGCGUAGAAUUGUAUAUAGGAUGUUUCUGAUAACAGGUAAGGAGUUGGUAAAUGUUCAGUUUUCUGGUCCUUGUUUGUUCUGGAUUAUUUUCUGGGUGAUAUGACUGCGAACCAUUUCUGCAAAUUGAGUCACCAAGCAUGGAAGGAAGCUAAAGUAAUUCCACUGCCUAAAAAUAGUAAAGCACACUUUGCUGGCUCUAACAGCCAUCCAAUCAGUUUGCAGCCUGUUCUUAGUAAACUGAUAGAGAAAAUUGUGUUUGACCAAAUACAUUUUACAUUUAGCAGACGCUCUUAUCCAGAGCGACUUACAGUAGUGAGUGGAUACAUUUAUUUGUACUGGUCACCCGUGCAAAUCGUACCGACAAUCCAGGCGUUGCAAGUGCCAUGCUCUACCAACUGAGCCACACAAGGUAAUUCUUCAGGCACUCAACUAGUACUGCAUUGACUAAGAUGAAAGAUUGGUUAAAAUGAAAUGGAUAAUAAGAUGAUAGUUGGAGCUGUAUUGUUAGAUUUCAGUGUAGCCUUUGUUUGAUCUUAAAUUGUUAAAGAAACUCACUUGCUAAGACUUUACGUCACCUGCAAUCACAUGGUUGGAUAGUUAUUUAGCCAAUUGAACCCAGUGGCAAAUGGAUGUUUAACAUCAGAUAUGUAAAGUGCAGUGUCCCUCAGGGCAAGUGCCUUGGUCCGUUAAGCCUCUAUUUUUAGAAAUGAUUUGCCACAGGUUGUACACGAAGCUAAAAUGACUAUGUGGAUGAUUCCACACUUAACAUGUCAGCACCCAAAAGCCAGUAAGCUCACUGAAAUUCUAAAUAAAGAUUUAGUAUCAGAAUGGGUGGUUAAUAAUAAACUAGUCUUAAAUACAUGAAACUAAAAGCAUUUUAUUUGCUUCAAAACAGUAAGACCUAAACCUCAACUGGAGUUGUGCAUAAAGGGUGUGACUACUGAGUAGGUUGAGGAAGCGAACUCCUAGGUAUAACAUUGGAGGGUCAAUUAUCAAGUCAUGAAGAUGGGGAAAUGGUGUAUGUAUUUAAAAAAAUGUUUAUACAAUCAACUGUACAAGUUGUUAAGGCUUGUCCCACCUUGAUUACUGUCCAUCUGGUAAUAUGGUAAAGUGCAGCAAAGAAAGACCUAGCCAAGCUGCAGCUGGCUCAAAACACAGCAGCCCAUACAUAAGAUGCACACCAGUCUAUCCUGGGUGAGGGUUCAUGAUAGAUGAACUGAUCCUCUUCUAGUUUGAGAAAUAUUACUGCAAAUGAAAAUUCCAGGAUUGUAUGCAUUAUCAAAUAGCAUUUAGUUUAGACACCUAUACAUAUCCCACAAGACAUGCCACCAGGGGUCUCUUCACAGUCCCGAAGUCCAAAACGAAUUCACAGCAAUGCACAUUAUUGUAUGGAACUCCCAGUUACAAUUACUCAAGCAAAUAUCAGAAUUACAUUUUGGAAGCGGAUUAAACAUCUCAUGGAGCAGAGGGAACUAUGAGGCAACAAACAUUUUUUAAAUGCAUUGUUUGUAUAUUGUAUUUUUUUAAUUUUGUGACUGUCCUUGUCUAUCAGUGUUUUGUUACUUGUCAUGUUCUGUGUUUUUUGUGGACCCCAGGAAGAGUAGCAGAUGCUUCUGAAAACGCUAAUGGGAAUCUAAAUAAACAAAUAAUGAAUAGUGUUUAA